AUGGAAAACCUUUACUAUUUUCUUAGCAUUAAAGUCCACCGUGAUAAGGAUGGUCUCUUCCUAAACCAAAGCAUGUAUGAAUCUGAUCUCCUUAAAUGCAAUGACAUGCAUGAUGCACGGGCCAUCCAAAUGCCUCUUUCACAGAAACAUUGCCUUCAUUACUCUUCUGGUUCACAAAUUGAUGCCUUUGAUUAUCAAGGUGUUGCUGGAGCUUUGCAAUACUUCACUCUCACUCGUCCAGAUAUUUCCCAUACACGGUCUAGCAUCAAAUGUGUGCUUCGCUACAUCAAAGGAACAUCUCAGUUAGGCCUCCGUAUCUCCACCAGCUGGUCUUCAAAGAAGCAAGUUACAGUUGCUAAGUUUAGCGCAGAGGUUGAUAUCGAUCAUUAG